GGGAGGAAUGGGAAUUGAGAAAAUAUUAAAGGGCCGAAUCAAGUCAAGCCACAGGUAGAGGUUGACUUCAAAUUGGCAACCAAAGAGCAUGAAGACUCAAUUUCAGAAGAGGCUCAGAUUACAGAGAUGAAGAUGCAUUGUUUGAGAGUAGGGUUGUUGAAGAUCCUGAACCUAAAUAUUCUUCCACAUAAUCUUUCACCUGUUUUUGCAUUUAAUGAAGAUGAAGAUGCAUUGUUUGAGAGUAGGGUUCUUGAAGAUCCUGAACCUAAAUAUUGUUCGACAUAAUCUUUCACCUGUUUUUGCAUUUAAUGAAGAUGAAGAUGCAUUGUUUGAGAGUAGGGUUGUUAAAGAUCCUGAACCUAUUUCUUCAGAGUUUCCAGUUCUGAAUCAAAAUGGCACAAAUGAUGAUGAAGAUGGUGUUCAGAAUUUUACUUUUACACAGUUCCAUACAACAUCAGAUUCAGAUCUGGUUCAAGUGGUGGAGGUGACGGUGGUUCCUCCUACCGGAAAACCACUUAGUAGCUACUUGGCGGUGGUGGUCCAUGAGUGACGUGAAGCAUGGUGUGGUUCAUAUGACGGUUCGAUGUUUCAGAUUACGAGGUCGAUGUUGAACAACUGGUUAAGAUCUGAAGCAUUUAGUUCUUGUAUUCUGGAUAUUUUGUUUUUUAUUACUGAUGUUUUCAUUUUUUUUGUGUAAAAUUUGUUUUCAGAUCUGAACAAAUGGAAACAAUUUAAUUUAAGUUCUUAUGUAUUGGAUUCUUGUUAAUGAAGUUAUAUUUUUU